AAAAACACUCCGUCUGCACUUCUCAGCUGGAGCCAGUGAUCAGCAGAGAGCCCGUCAGCUACCACGCACCGUCUGUGUUCAGGUGAAACAUCCCAUCAGAGCGGGAGGCUUUCCACCACCUGUGCGCCAUGGCAGAAGACGCGUCCCACGCCGAGGCCAACAGCAGCAGCGUCUCCAGCAGCACCCACGCCAUCCCACAGCAGCCGCAGCAGCAGCAGCAGCAGCAGCAGCAGCAGCAGCAGGAGGACACGGAGCUCCUCAUCCCCAGCUUCAGCGCCUCCUCCGCCCCGUCCUCCCCCACCCCGACCGGCACCCUGUCCCGGCUGGGCCUGAAGAGCCCCACCAGCCCCGUGGCGCCGGGCAGCCCCGUGGACCGCGGCCAGGUGAGCGCCAUCACCGUGGUGGCGCUGCUGGACAAGCUGGUCAACAUGCUGGAGGCGGUGCAGGACAACCAGCAGCGGAUGGAGCAGCGGCAGGCCGAGCUGGAGGGCGCCGUGCGGGUGGUGCAGGGCGACGUGACCCGCCUGUCCAAGACCCACAUCAGCACCUCCAACUGCGUGAGCAAGCUGCUGGAGAGAUCCCGCAAAGUGAGCGGGCACCUGAAGGAUGUGAAGGAGCGUAUGGACAAGCAGGCGGUCCAGGUGAAGAAGCUGGAGGCCAACCACAGCCACCUGCUGAAGAGGAACCACUUCAAAGUGCUCAUCUUCCAGGAGGACAAUGAGAUCCCUGCCAGUGUGUUAGUCAAGGACUCCCUCAAGACCCCACAACCAAGCCAGUAUGAUGCAGAGUCCACCCGGCCUGCCCCAUCUGUCACAGGCUCUGUUGAAGGCAUCCGUACCCAAGAGGAGGGUCAGACCGUCAGUCUGUCUUCAGAUGAGGAUGCUGAGUUUCCAUCACACUGCAUCAAUGAAGAUUUCCUGGAGUGUGAUGCUGCGACUGGCACUUCGCGUACAUUUGAGAGAAGGGCCGACAGGUUCAAGCGCAACAGCCUGAAGAAGGUAGAUAGCCUCAAGAAAGCCUUCUCACGCCAGAGCAUUGAGAAGAAGAUGACCGAGAUCACCACUAAGAUUGUGCCACCAGAGAAGCGUGAGAAACUUAAGAAGAGCUUCACCCCCAACCACCCCAAGAGCCCGACCGCCAAGUCUUCCUCCUUCAAGGUGUCCCCAAUGACCUUCACCGUCAAGAAGGUCAGAGAUGGUGAGACCCCCACACCAGAUAUGGGCUCACCGUUGGAAGGAGCCCGUGUGGAGAUCCCUCCUCUGGGAAGCAUGGAUGGUGAGAUUCCUUUGGCGGAGGUGCAUACCCAGGAGGGUGUUGUGGAGGAAAUCCAGGAGAUGCUGAGCCCCUCCACCCCAGAUAGCAUGAAGGCAGAGCUGGCAUUGAAUGGAAAAGCACCAAGCAUUGAGUGUGAGAUGAAUGGGGAUCGUUUGGCUGACCUUGCAGUUCCAGAGCAUGACGAAGAUCUUGGCGAGGAUAUAGAAGAGGAGGACGAAGAAGAAGACAAACAGAAAAGCCCUGUUGAGAUAGCAGCCGAUGUCCAGAUUGCUGCAGCAACAGUGUCUGUGGAGCAAAUGUCUUAAUAUGUUGAGAUUUUGAGCAUCAGUCCCAGUUUCGCAUUUUCUUCUUUUCUUACUCAAGUUUCGACAAUUACUGAACCCCCAGCAAGCACAAGUUUUCCCUUUCCUGUAACAAGUCCUAUGUUCUGGUCAUUAGCACCCCUAUACACUAGAAAGAUUUUCUUGACUUUCCCGACCUUGGACCUUUUCUACAUCACUGCCUUUAAUUAUCACCAGCACAGUCCUUGACAAACCUUGACAUGGUCUGCAUUAGCAAUAAGACCCAACAGUGUACCUCACUAAACAUUCAGAUUAAAGCAUCCAGUGUAGUUAGGUUGUCCAAGGAAGGCAACACUGCAGCAAUACACCAUAUCUUACUCUCAUCAACCGGUGCCCACCACUUCAAUAGGUGCACAUCUCCAGGGCACUGGACCAACUAUCUCCCUCCUGCUGUGUUUGUCUGCCUCUGGCCCUCUCCUUCUCACUGACAAAUAGCCUCUUUUGUUCUUUGUGUUUUUUGUUAAAAAAAAUAGUAAAUCUUUGGCAAUAGUGGUACUGCCCACAGCCUGUUGAGGCAGUGUGUUGCCAGGUUGUGCAAGAGUUGGAAUGGGGAGUUUCUGCAUUUUCAGUGAAAAGGCCCUGGGGUGUUUUUUAGUAGAGGACUAGAGGUUGUUUACUGAAUUCUUUGGACCUGCCCUGCAGAAGCCCUUAUUUUAACUAGCAGGUGAUUUCAGUAAUCUGGGGUGACUCCAUCUUGCCUUUUGUCCUUCCAGUUGUGAAAUUAUGUUAGUGUGACAGUGAGAUCCAGUUUUGUCUUUCCUGACCUUUUGAUUUAAAACCUAUGUGCAUCCUAUAAAAACAUACAAUUGCCAUUUGACAUCCAACAACCAAUUAACAUUUGCACCAUAGAAAAAUAAAGUAGAAUAGUUGGAAUUUGAAAUAGUCCAAAUCGUCUUGAAAAUCACAUGUAUUUGACACUCUGAGAAAGAUUACAGAAACAAGUGCUAACAUUAUGUUUGGGUUCAGUCACACUGAUGCAGAUGAAGGACACCAUUGCAGGAUAGAAGCUGCUCUCGAUAUAGAAAACAAUAUAUAAGUGACGCAAAGGACCGUACAGGUUUUAAUAGUGAGACACUAAAUGUCACUUUUGCAGCCCUUUUUCUUCUUUUGCAGGGCUACUUUUUAUGUUUAUGUACAGAAAUUAUUGUCUUAUUCUAUGUGAGGCACACUACUUGCUAGAUAUUUACAGCUUAAACAUCCUGAAUUAGUACAGUAGCUUUAUGCUUGCCUUGAGUGUGUGUUCUUUUACAGUAAAUGUUGUAUCUGUGAAUUUUAUUUGUGUUACUAUAUGAUUCUCGGGUGUUUUUAAGCCGUGUUCUUUCAGGCAUCCAUAAGUUACAUGGUGAAAUGUUUACUCAGUUUCAUAUGUUUAAGACACAAUCUUAAAAAUUUGCCAGGGCAACAUCACUAAAGCUGCCCUGCCUUAUUGCAUGCACACACAUACUCCUACGGUGCCUUUACCUUGUACAAGCUGGUGUGAGUAUUUCCACUCCUAAAGGGAUGGAUUCCUAUGGUUUUGUAGAUAAGAGUGAUGGUAAAACAUGCCUGAAAUUUUUUCCUUUUUCUGAGAAAGCCCUUGCAGCUAUCACUUUUCUGAGCGCAGUUAAGGCUUCACACCAACUACAUUUAAAAAAAAAAAAAAAAGUUUAAAGGACGUGCAAAUACAUCGGUCACAAUCAACUUUAUGGUUGAAAGUCAGUCCUUCAAAGUUGCUAUAAAGUGACCUUCCUCUUGUUGCUCAGUGUCAGAGCGUUACCAGCCUCAGCUACAGGCUUGUCUUAUGCCAUGACUUCCUAAAAAUAAUGUAGCAAGUGAUACCAGGUGCCAAGGAUCCAGAUACUAGAGAGGUCACUGAAGUGGAUAAAGGCAGAAGGCAGCAUUCCUAGGUUUGACGGAUGACUCCUGCUCAGCCCAUUUUUCAUGCUCUUGGCCUCCUUGUUGAGACAGUGCAAAGGGAGGAAGACGCUCUAUGGAGCCACAGGUGUUCUGAACCCUGUAGAGGCUCCUGGGCAUGAGCUGGAAGUAGGAGGGAGGACAGGGGUGUUGGAGAGAAAGGUUGUUGGAAAAGAUGAUAAAGUUGCAUUUGGUUUAGGCAUAUGUGCAUCUUGGCAGAAAGGUGAUUAAACUGUGAGAGUCUGCGAUGCAUUGAACCAUGGGAACUGCAAUAUGUUUAGGGGAUGUAUAUCUAUAACUUGCACGGCAGGACUGGGAAACCUCUUCUUCAGUUUGCCUGUACUACAUAUCCAUUAUACUGCUUCUGAAAAAUAUAGAUAACACAUACACAAUGGAUUGUUAACUUGUUUUUAAAGUUGAAAUAUGGUGCCCAAAAUAUUUUAUAUUUAAAGUAUGCAAGAAAAUCAAUUUAUUAAGUCUGGAUUCAUUCCAACUUCAAACAACAAGUACCAACUUUAAAGUAGAAAGGUUACUCUAAGGGUAAGAAAUAACAUACAUUUAUGUAGUGACUUACUCCUAAGUCAGCUAGGUGUGUCUGAUUGAAGAUAUGAAUGCUGAAAGAAUGAAUAGCCAAUCACAGAUAUGUAUUGAUCCUGUUAUGUCUCUGCCUUUUGGUAGAUUUAGAGUUUAAAAAAAGAGAAAAAAAAAUCCUUACAGCUUAUUCAGUGGUAUGUUUUUGUGUCAGAACAUAGAUUACAAUUAUAUUUUUAAAAGUGUAUUUUAUUUGUGGGAAAACACUGGGAGUAAUUAACACAGGAAAGUAACAACAACUGAAUAUACAAAUAGGAAAUGAAUUAACAGGAAAGUGUCCAAAAUGGAAACAAAUUCCAGUUUAUUCUUGCUGUUUUGUGCUCUUGCGAAAUGUAAAAAAAAAAAUUAAAAAUUAAAAAAAUAAAGAGAAAAAAUACAUCCUAUUAAAUGUUCAAAUGCAAAUAAUAGAAUAAAACUAUUCAACUCUUGAAUAUGAACUGAAGCUGUGUUAUUUUUAUUAUCAGUCAGGAAACAGGCGUGCUCUGCUCAGCUCUGUUACUGAGAAUCUCCUCUGCAGCUCUUUUAUAUGUUAUGGCAUUAUUAAGUCAAAAUCAUUUUAAGACAUAGUUUUUAUCAUUAGAUUUAGACGUAGGGGUAAAAGAGAAGGAUUUUCACCUUUAUCUCUCACUUAAGUCCAAAAUGGACAAACACAAGAGAAAUGCAGCACGUGGUGUCACCGUAUUUGUUAAAGUGCCUUAUAUGUUCAUAAAGUAAUCAGCCAAUUCCCUCAGUGGGGUUUGUAAGAAGAAAAUAUAUAAUUAGACAUAUAUCCAUUUAAAAUUACUUGGAAACUGUGCUUAUUACAUGUCCUUUAUCAUUUUAUGGAUUUUUUUUAUUUUUAUUUUAAUUCUUCUUUGUAUAUAUCACCCAAGUUUAAACAGAUUGAACAAUAGGCUCAUGUUGCUUUCUGCUUAUUCAUGCAAAUGUCUUACUUGGUGAUUUUACUGUCUCGUGUUUAAAAAAAAUAAAUAUAUACACAUGAA